GUCCUGUCAAAGCUCUUGGUUACAUCUAGACAUGACUUGUAAGACAAGUGACGUGAGAAGGCUAAGGUUCUAUGUACAAGCAUAUAACUAUAUAAAUGGCAUUCUGCUCGAGGAAAAGGUAAUCACCAAGUCCAGAAACAAGAACCAGCAUAUAUCACCUCCAGACAACAGGAAACGCACCUGGUAGAGACAGCUGCUUAUAACAUACCACGAGUUCAUCGAUCGCCAUCAUGCAUUACUGGCCUGUUAUUUUCUCAGUCAUCGGGAUGGCUUCCGUCUCGCAAGCCGCCGAAUGUUACGCACAGAGUGGCGGCAGUUUCUGUAUCAACUACGAUACAUUGCGGUCUCACGCAUCCGACUGGUGCCGGCAGAACUAUAACACGCUUAACGGUAACUGGAACACAUUGACUGACGGUGGAGGCAACGUUGCCCGUAUUGGAAAAAUUGGAAAUUUUGAGAAUGCACAAGUUUGUAUGGAUGCAUACAAUAAUAUUUUGGGUUGCCAUGGACAUAAAAAUGGAGGGUCAUGGACUGCUAAUGGAGUAUCUCUAAAUAUCAACUUUUGUGCGUGGUAGCUUGAAGGCUGGGAUUUACUGCAAGGCCUUGUCAUGGGUUUUUCCCCCCAGUUUGUGGCAAGGGUUUUUUCCCAUUUCGUUAUGCAAAUGCAGAGGC